AUGUCUGUCGGUAACCCCGUAGACGGAUCGGUGUUCUCAGCUGAGGUUACAGUACGCGAAACCCAAUCCCGGCGUACGUUCACCCUCUCAGCCCUGGCUCUAAUCGAAAUAGCACGCCAAACAUUCAGCGAAAUGCUGACUGACGAUCCGCAGCUAUCAAAGGCAAUGUUGCCAGAAUACUUCGAUUACUAUGCCACAGCUCUUCUCUGGUUGAGAAUCAUCAACCUCAAACAGAAGAACUCGCAGCCAUUGACAGAAGAAGAACAGGAUCUUCUCGUGGCUACACAAACCACAUCGUUCUGCGUCCCAGAACCUCUGGUCCUCCAGUACAAACAGCUAGGUAACAUCAUCACCAUGACCAAGCAGCACCUGUACCCGGAGUUCCCCCCCCCCCUACCCGUUGAAGCUAUCACCAAUGGUGGCUACUACGGACCAAUUUCUCUUCCAGGAGAGAAUGUGGACAACAUGAUCCACAAUCUCUAG